CCAGAGGUCACGUUGCUCGCGCCCCUUUAUUCAAUUUCGAUGAAUUUGCAUUUCCUUAGUUUUCGCGACUACUAACCGGCCUUCGCAACUACACACUGCACUCACGAUAAUGUCCAGAGCAUCGGCAUUGGUCAAUGCCUAUUCCGUUCUGGGGUUAGAAGAAGGCGUGUCGUUGGAAGUCGUGAAAAAUACUUACAAGCAGGCUGCUCUGCGUACCCAUCCUGAUAAGAAUCCCGAUAAUCCAGACGCCACUGCCGAGUUCCAGAGAGUUGGAGAAGCUUACAAUAUACUCCUUAAACAUCUCGACACUUCGCGUGCUACUGGAAGGCCACAUUCUGGUAGCGCUGAUAGCUCUGAAGACGAGUACUACGGCUAUGAUGAUCCUGAUAAUGAAUUGAACUUCUACGUAUUCGUUUUCGAAAAUUUCAUGCGUGGCCGAUCGCAUCCUUACUUUCGAGGUCACCAGCGGGGCCCCUCCUCUAUGUCAAGCUUUGGAUAUCCUCGUUUCCAUCCUUCCCCUCCCGAGCCCGAGCCUGAACCAAGAGAGACAGCGCAAGAACGAGCAGAACGACUUCGCCGUGCUCGCGAAGAGCAGGAGGCGGCGGAACUGAGACGUAAAAGGGAGGCAGCAGUUCGAAAGGAGCUCAAAGAACAAGAUAGAAAACAAGAGCGUUUAGCCGCCGAACAACGACGGAAAACCAAAAACGGAGAAAAAAAAGCGAAGGCUCACACGCAACGUCAACAAGCCGAAGAUGCUGCUCGUUCUCAACGGGAGAAAAUUCAAAAAAAUCGUUCCGCAGUUUUCCAGGCCGCUCGUGAAGGAAGAGUUGAAGAUGUGAAGAAGGGCAUCUGGGAAAACGAUGUUGACGCUGCGGGCGGUGAGGUCAAGUCUGGACACGACGAUUUUGUUCACACCGUGCCCAAGGACCCAAAAGAGACUCUUUUACAUAUCGCCGUUCGCAAAGGAAACCUCGAGCUAGUAGAUUUCCUAGACAAACACGGUGCUGAAAUGGAAGAACGCGAUUCGCAAAAUUACACCGCGUUUCACGUUGCCAUUCAACAAGGCCAUCUCAAGAUUAUUGCCUACCUUUUUGAACACUAUCCACCCCAAGAUCCUGACCACAACCAAUUAUAUGUUCCGCCUCCUUCCAUAAGUGUCUUAUCCCUCGCAUUACAGUCACACGAGCCUGAGGUCGUCUUCAAGGUACUCCAACCUGAGAACAAACUUUCUAAUUCCCGCGACAUCAACGACGCCUGGUCCUGGAUCAAUUCGCCUGAAGGCCUGUCAGCGAUGACACGAUACUCCAAAGGAAGCUCCGAGGAUAUCGUUGUUAAGUUCAAUGAUAUCUGCACACUUCUCGGUCAAUUUGGUGGAUUUACACCACCAGCUACCCCAAUCCUCAACCGCAAGAAUAAAUCUUCUUCACCUGUAUCCAAGGUGGUGCCACAGACUGACCAACAUUAUAACUCACGCAAGGGCAGGGGAAGAGGUCGAGCCCGCGUAGCAUGAAGUCCCUUUGCAUUUGUUCGUGCGGAAUUUUGUUCUUUUUGAUCGCUGCGUUAUCAUCAUGCGUACUGUCCAAUGAUGUUGUCCUUCAGGUCUUCAGUCAGUUCACACCUAAUCAGACUGUAGGUCUUCCGUGUAAAGUAUCUUUGUAGUACAUAUUUGUGCACGCACUUGCUGUGUGCAUGUCUUCGCUAGGCCAGAGUGGCCCCAAUGUUUUGUGGAGUAGUAUAAUGAUAAAGUAAUGUGUAUGUACAUAGAAACUGAAGCCCUUUGUAUAUCGACGUUGGAUUC